ACUCCUAGUGAAGCCAUGGUGUUGGAGUCGGUGGUCGCAGACCUUCUCAAUCGCUUCCUGGGGGACUACGUGGAAAAUCUGGACAAGUCCCAGCUGAAGCUGGGCAUAUGGGGCGGUAAUGUGGCCUUAGAUAAUCUGCAAAUAAAAGAGAAUGCCCUGAGUGAAUUGGAUGUUCCCUUUAAAGUAAAAGCUGGGCAAAUAGAUAAACUUACUUUGAAGAUUCCUUGGAAGAAUUUGUAUGGGGAAGCAGUCAUUGCAACAUUAGAAGGAUUGUACCUACUUGUUGUCCCUGGAGCAAGUAUUAAAUAUGAUGCUGGAAAAGAGGAAAAAUACCUACAGGAAAUUAAACAGAGAGAUCUAUCAAGAAUUGAAGAAGCCUUACAAAAAGCUGCUGAGAAAGGCGUACACUCAGGGGAGUUCAUAUAUGGCUUGGAGAACUUUGUUUACAAGGACAUCAAGUCGGGACGUAAACGUAAAAAGCACAAAAAGUAUUUUAAGAAACCUUUUAAAGGUCUUGAUCGUUCAAGAGAUAAACCAAAGAAAGAAAAAAAGGAUACAUUUUUGGAAAAGUUGGCGACUCAGGUCAUUAAAAAUGUUCAAGUGAAAAUUACAGAUAUUCAUAUUAAGUAUGAAGAUGAUGUCACUGAUCCAAAACGACCUCUCUCAUUGGGAGUGACAUUAGGAGAAUUUAGUCUUUUGAGUGCUAAUGAAAAUUGGACUCCUUGUAUAUUAAAUGAAGCUGCAAAGAUCAUAUACAAGCUUGUACGCCUUGAUAGUCUUAGUGCCUAUUGGAAUGUAAACUGCAGUACAUGUUACCGGGGAUCCAAGGAACAGAUAUUGGAUCAUUUGAAAAGUGGAAUCCUUUCCAGUAGUAGUAGAAGUAAAUCUCCAAACUAUCAAUAUAUUUUCAGGCCAGUAUCUGCCUCUGCAAAACUCUAUAUGAAUCCUCAUGCAGAAGCUGAACUCAAAACACCCAAACUUGAUUGCAAUGUAGAAGUACAAAACAUUGCUAUUGAAUUGACCAAGCCCCAGUAUCUCAGUAUGAUUGAUCUUCUGGAAUCAGUGGAUUAUAUGGUUAGGAAUGCUCCAUAUAGGAAAUAUAGGCCUUAUUUGCCAUUACAUACUAAUGGUCGACAGUGGUGGAAGUAUGCAAUUGAUGCUAUUCUUGAAGUUCACAUAAGACGACAUACACGGAUGUGGUCAUGGAAUAAUAUAAAAAAGCACAGGCAGUUUCUCAAGCAUUAUAAAAAUGCAUACAAAAGUAAACUAACCCAGAGUAAAAUCACAGAAGAAGUACAAAACGAAAUUCAGGACUUAGAGAAGACUCUUGAUGUUUUCAACAUUGUUUUAGCAAGGCAACAAGCACAAGUUGAAGUGAUUCGAUCUGGGCAAAAAUUGAGAAAAAAAUCUACUGAUGCAGGAGAGAAGCGGAGCGGAGGCUGGUUUAGUGGCUUCUGGGGUAAGAAAGAAGCUAAGAGAAAAGAUGAUGAAGAAUCCUUGGUUCCUGAAACCAUUGAUGACCUGAUGACUCCAGAGGAAAAGGCAAAACUCUUCACUGCCAUUGGAUAUAGUGACAGUACCCACAACUUAACUUUACCUAAGCAGUAUGUUGCCCAUGUAAUGACACUAAAACUGCUAAGCACAUCUAUUACAAUCAGAGAAUACAGAAAUGUUCCAGAGAUACUUAAAAUACAAAUCAUUGGCUUAAGCACUCAAGCAUCUCAGCGACCAGGAGCACAGGCACUUAGGGUAGAAGCAAAAUUGGAACAUUGGUAUGUAACUGGUCUAAUGCAACAAAAUAUUGUUCCAUCUCUUGUGGCUUCCAUUGGAGAUAGCAGCUCAUCACUACUUAAAAUUGAAUUUGAGACUAAUCCAGAGAAUAGCAAUGCUGAUCAAACUCUAGUAGUUCAGUCUCAGCCUGUAGAGAUCAUUUAUGAUGCUAAAACAAUAAAUGCAAUGGCAGAAUUCUUUCAAGCAAGUAAGAGAUUAGAUCUUGAACAGAUAACAUCAGCAACAUUGAUGAAACUAGAAGAAAUUAAAGAGAAAACAGCUGCAGGACUUACACACAUUAUUGAAACACGGAAAGUUCUUGAUUUAAGAAUUAAUUUGAAGCCUUCCUACCUCAUAGUACCAAGGACAGGAUUCCAUCAUGAAAAAUCAGAUAUUCUAAUUUUGGAUUUUGGUACCUUUCAGCUAAAUAGUAUAGGUCAAGGUAAAAGACAAACUACUACUUCAUCUCUAGAAGAAAUAAUGGAUAAGGCAUAUGACAAGUUUGAUGUUGAGAUUAAAAGUGUCCAACUUCUUUUUGGAAGAUCAGGCGAAGAUUGGAAAAAAGCUCGAUUUCAGCACCCAUCAUCUUUGCAUAUAUUACAGCCUAUGGAUAUUCAUGUUGAGUUGGCUAAAUCAAUGGUGGAAAAAGAUAUUAGAAUGGCCAGAUUUAAAGUUUCAGGUGGGCUUCCUUUGAUGCAUGUGAGACUAUCUGACCAAAAAAUGAAAAAUGUACUGGAUUUGAUUCACAGUAUCCCCUUGCCAACAAAAUCAAAUGUGCAAUCUCCAAAGAGAAAGGUAGCAUCUAUUCCCAUUAUUUCUGUUGGGACAAAAAGACUACUGGACACUUCACUGCUACUAGAAGAAUUAGAAUCAGAAUCUGAUGAUGAAUAUUUUGAUGCUGAAGAUGGAGGACAACAGACUGGUAGAAGUGUCAAAGGAUCUGAGAUAAAUAAAGUCACAGAACCCCCAAAUGAAGAGCUCAUUGAUCUUCAGCUCAAAUUUGAAAUUAAAGAGGUGAUAUUGGAACUUACCAAACAACAGGAAAAAGAAGAUACUAUUCUUAUGUUUAAUGUCCUACAGUUGGGAACAGAAGCUACAGUUCGAACUUUUGACAUGAUCGUAGUAUCUUAUUUAAAGAAAAUAAGCUUAGAUUACUACGAAAUUCAAGGACCCAGAAGGAAACCACUUCAUUUGAUUAGUUCUUCUGACACAUUUGGUUUAGACCUUUUAAAAGUGGAAUAUAUCAAGGCUGACAAGAAUGGACCUAGUUUUCAAACUACUUUUGAAAACACUGAGCAAACAUUUAAGGUGGCCUUUUCAUCUUUAAAUCUCUUACUACAAACGCAAGCCCUUCUCUCUUCUAUUAAUUACCUAACCACUGUUAUCCCGUCAGAGGAACAAACUGAUGCUGAGACAGAGUCACAACUUCAUAGUGAAACGCAUCAGAAAAAUUUAUCUCUGAAGAAAGUGACCAUACCCUCCAAAGAUAAUGAUAUUUUUAAUUUCAAGUUGUUUGCAAAGUUGAAUGCUUUUUGUGUCACCAUUUGUGAUGAAAAACACAACAUUGCUGAAAUAAAGAUUCAAGGCCUUGAUUCCUAUCUUUCUCUUCAAUCAAAAAAGCAGUCACUUUUUGCACGAUUGGAGAAUAUAAUUGUCACAGAUGUUGAUACUAAUACAGUUCAUAAGCAGGCUGUUUCAAUAAUGGGCAAUGAAGUCUUCCGUUUUAAUUUGGAUUUGUAUCCUGAUGCUACUGAAGGAGAUGCUUAUGCUGACAUGUCUAAAGUGGAUGGUGUAGUGUCACUGAAUGUGGGAUGUAUUCAGAUAGUCUAUCUUCACAAAUUCCUCAUGUCUCUCCUGAAUUUCUUGAACAAUUUUCACAUGGCCAAAGAAGCAUUGAGUGCUGCUACUGCCCAAGCUGCAGAAAAGGCUGCCACCAGCGUGAAAGAUCUUGCCCAGAGGAGUUUCCGUGUUUCUAUCAGCAUUGACUUGAAGGCACCAGUUAUAAUUAUUCCACAGUCUUCCACUUCCUCUAAUGCAGUUGUGGUUGAUCUUGGAUUGAUCAGAAUACAAAACACAUUUAGUCAAGUAUCUGGUGAAGACUGCUUACUCCCUCCAAUAAUUGAUAAAAUGGUUGUGCAGCUAACAAAACUUAAACUUUCUAGAACAGUGAUUCAGCCAGGUGUCUCUCAUCCUGACAUUCAACUACUACACCCUAUUAAUUUGAAUAUUUUGGUGAAUCGGAACUUAGCUGCAGCUUGGUAUCACAGAAUUCCUAUAAUGGAAAUUACAGGGCAUCUCGAUACAAUGAAUGUUGGUUUAAAUCAGGAUGAUUUGAGUCUUCUCCUUAGAGUACUGGAAGAAAAUCUUGGUGAGGCUGCUGCUGAAGGUUCGGAUAAAAUAGAGCCAAGAAUACAAGAGAAAAGUAAAAUUAAAGAACCUUUUGAGAAGUUCACAUCACAACAAAGUUUGCAAAUGUCACAAGGAAUUCUACCUGCUGGAACUGAAGAAAUUGUUUCAGAAGAUGUCACUAAUGUGCUGCUGAAUUUUGAAAUUAAAGAGGUUCUGGUUACAUUGAUGAAAAAAUCAGAUAAAAAAGAAAAGCCUUUACAUGUACUAAAUGUGUCACAGCUUGGAGUGGAAGCCAGAGUUAAAACCUAUGAUAUGACUGCUAAAAUGUAUCUCAAAAAAAUUAAUAUGCAAUCUCAUGAUUUCUCAGAUUCUAAAGGAGGACCUCUAUAUAUCAUUAACUCUUGUAAUAUAACUCAUGAACCACUUCUAACAAUGGAGUUCAUAAAGGCAGACAGUGAUGGACCAGAAUUUAAAACUAUUCAUAAUAAUACCAAACAAACAGUAAAGGUGUCAUUUUCAUCAUUGGAUUUAGUGCUCCAUUUGGAAUCUUUGCUAUCCAUCAUGGACUUUAUGUCAUCUGCUGUUCCAUCCCAGGGUCUUCCCUCUAAUCAGAAGGGAUAUGAAUUGAAAAUGCCAAUAGAGGAACCUAAAAGCACUGUUGUCAAAGCUGUACCUGACAUUUCCCAUCAAGAUGUUUUUGAUUUGAAAGUCACUGCACAACUAAAUGCAUUUAAUAUCUUUGUCUGUGAUCAGAAGUGUAACAUUGCAGAUAUUAGAAUACAAGGAAUGGAUGCAUCUAUUUCUGUGCAGUCGAAGGAGACAGAAGUUUUUGCCAGGCUUAAAGAUAUCAUAGUUACAAAUGCUGAUCCAGUGUCCAUUCAUAAAAAGGCUGUCUCUAUAGUGGGAGAUGAAGUCUUUAGGUUCCAAAUGACUCUUUAUCCAGAUGCCACUGAGGGAAAAGCCUAUACUGACAUGUCUAAAGUAGAUGGCAAACUAAUUCUUAAAGUUGGCUGCAUUCAAAUUGUUUAUCUUCAUAAAUUCUUCAUGUCUCUUCUGAACUUCCUCAACAAUUUCCAGAAAGCCAAAGAGGCCCUGAGUACUGCUACAGCCCAGGCUGCAGAGAAGGCUGCUUCUAGUGUGAAAGAUUUUGCUCAAAAGAGUUUCCGUCUUUCCAUGGACAUCAACUUGAAAGCACCAGUUAUUUUUAUACCUCAGUCUUCAGUAUCCCCUAAUGCUGUUUUAGCAGAUUUAGGUUUAAUCAGAGUUGAAAACAAAUUUAACUUGGUCCCUAUGGAAAAAUCUUCUCUUCCUCCAGUCAUUGAUAACAUGGAUGUACAACUCACUCAGUUGAAGUUGUCAAGAACUAUUUUGCAGGCUGAAUCUGUAAUACCUGAUAUUGAAAUUUUACAACCAGUGAAUAUGCAUUGGUCCAUCCAACGGAACUUAGCAACAGAGUGGUAUACACAAAUCCCAGAUAUGAAGAUAAAAGGAGACCUGAAACCAAUGCAGAUUGCCCUCAGUGAAGAAGAUUUAACCAUCCUAAUGAAAAUUUUAAUUGAAAAUCUUGGAGAAGGAUCUUUACAGCCAAGUUCCUUACAACCAGAGUGUCCAAGAGUGAAGAUGGAAAUAUCUCAGAAUGCAUUGUAUACUCCUGAACAAGACAUGACAGACUUGAAGAUUUCUGACAGUCAAGGUGUUACUCUUCAAUUUGAUUUUCACUUUGAGUCCCUUUCACUUGUCCUCUAUAACAAUGAUGUAAAUCAGAGUUCCACAGUUUCAUUUCACAGUGACCAUUUACGACUUGGUGAACUCAGGCUACACCUUAUGGCUUCAGCAGGAAAGAUGUUUAAGGAUGGCUCACUGAAUAUCUUCCUUAAACUUCAGACUUGUACACUUGAUGAUCUCAGAGAAGGUGUUGAAAAAGCUACAUCACGAAUGAUUGACAAAAAGAAUAGUCAAGAUAAAAGUUCAAUGAUCGAUAUAAAUUACAAGCAGAACAAAAAUGGAAGUCAAAUAGAUGCUGUUCUUGACAAGUUGUAUAUAUGUGCCAGUGUGGAGUUUCUAAUGACAGUCGCAGAUUUUUUUAUCAAAGCUAUUCCUCAAAAGUCAACUGGAACUGAAAAAAACUCACAGAUCGUGUUAAGGCAAGCUACUUCAGCAAAAGUCAAACCAGAAAAAGAAAGUUCUGGAAGGCCAAAUAUGACUUUAAAAGCAAAAGUAACAGAUCCAGAAGUGGUAUUUGUGGCCAGCUUGGCAAAGGCUGAUGCUCCAGCUCUGACAGCAUCAUUUAAGUGUAACCUUUAUUUAUCGUCCUCAAACCUUGAGCAGAAGAUGGUAGCAUCUGUGAAAGACCUUAAAGUGCUGGCUUGCCCUUUUCUCAGAGAAAAAAGAGGAAAAAAUGUUACUACGGUUUUACAGCCUUGCUCUUUACUUAUGGAAAAACAUGAGCAUGUUUCAGGAGAACAAAAUAUAGAUGUUCUAGUUGAAGAAUUUGUAAUUAAGGUUUCACCAAUAAUUCUCAAUACUGUAAUGACAAUCAUGGCUGCUAUGUCACGAAAGAAACAAGAUGAUGAUUCAAAAAGUACAUCAGGCAAUACUGAAAACCUCUGGGCUAUCAAGUCUAUUGAUGAUUGUAAUUCUUGGUUUCUUGGAGUUGACACGGCAACAGAAGUAACUGAAACAUUCAAAGAUCUUGAACAACCCUCAAUAAAGGAGAGUUUUGUUAUGGCUGUAAAAUCUGUUCAAGUUACCUUUGAAUGUGGCUUGGGGCAUCGAACUGUACCAUUAUUAUUGAUUGAGUCCACAUUUUCAGGAACUUUUAAAAACUGGUCUUCUUUGAUGGCUGCUACUGCUGACAUGACACUUGAGAUUCACUAUUAUAAUGAAAUACAUGCUGUUUGGGAACCUUUGAUUGAGAGAGUGGAAGGAAACAGGCAGUGGAAUUUAAAGCUUGAAUUGAAGAAUAACCCAGCCCAAGAUAAAAGUUUGAUGCCCGGAGAUGAUUUUAUUUUUCUUCCUGAGCCACAAACAGCAAUUCACAUUUCUUCAAGAGAUACAAUGAAUAUAACGAUAUCCAAAUGCUGCCUCACAGUUUUCAACAACUUAACAAAGGCUUUUUCAGAGGGAACUGCAUCUACUUUUGAUUAUUCUUUAAAAGAUAGGGCUCCCUUCACAGUGAAGAAUGCAAUAGGUAUUCCUAUUAAGGUGCAGCCUAAUUCUAAUCUCCGAGUAAUGGGCUCAACUGUAAAAGAUGAUAUUUAUGAUGUUGAUGUUGAUCAGAGUUUGGAACUGGAAUAUUCCGCUUCAGAACCCUUGCAUCGAGGGAAACUAUCUGUGUUGAGCCGUCAAGAAAGUUCUCUCUUUACUCUCACUUUUGUGCCUUAUGGAUACACAGAAGUAGCAAAUAUCCCCAUUACGCGACCUGGACGACGGUUAUAUAAUGUGAGAAAUCCUUGUGUUAAUUAUUCUGACUCAGCUUUGGUGCAGAUUGACGCAACAGAAGGGAAUAAAGUGAUUACCCUUCGUUCUUCUUUGCAGAUCAAGAACCAUUUCUCUAUUCCAUUUACCAUCUAUAAAUUUGUCAAGGCUGCUAAGUUAUUGGAACCCAUUGGAAUAGCCAAACCUGAAGAGGAAUUCCAUGUUCCAUUAGAUUCAUAUAGAUGUCAAUUGUUUAUUCAGCCAGCUGGAAUCUUGAAGGGUCAAUUUAAAGAGUCGACAACCUAUAUUUCUUGGAAAGAGGAACUUCAUAGAAGCAAUGAAGUCAGGUGCAUCCUACAGUGCCCAUCAACUGAAAGGAACUUCCUACCCCUGAUAGUAAAUACAGUUGCUAUUCCUGAUGAAUUAAGUUAUAUUUCUACUCAUGGUGAAGAUUGGGAUCCAGCAUACAUUAUUCAUCUUUAUCCAUCUCUAAUUUUGAGGAAUCUGCUUCCAUAUUCUCUAAGAUAUUUACUUGAGGGAACUGCAGAUACUCAUGAGCUCGCAGAAGGUAGUACUGCUGAUGUUCUUUAUUCAAGAAUAAAUGGAGAAAUAAUGGAAUUAGUCCUGAUGAAAUACCAGGGCAAAAAUUGGAAUGGACAUUUUCGCAUACAAGAUGCCCUACCGGAAUUCUUUCUUGUUUGCUUUACAUCUGACUCCACAGAAGUGAUGACAGUAGACCUAACAAUACAUGUUAGGAGAAUUGGCUGCCGCUUGAUAUUAUCUGUCUUCAGUCCCUACUGGCUCAUCAAUAAAACUUCUCGUGUCCUUCAGUAUCGUGCAGAGGAUACACAUGUGAAGCAUCCAGCUGACUAUAGGGACAUUAUUUUAUUCUCUUUCAAAAAGAAGAACAUUUUUAGUAAAAAUAAGGUACAGUUAAGAAUUUCAACUAGUACCUGGUCCAAUAGUUUCUCAUUGGAUACAGUUGGAAGUUAUGGCUGUGUAAAAUGUCCUGCUAAUAAUAUGGAAUAUCUGGUUGGAGUUAGCAUCAAAAUGAGCAGUUUUAAUCUUACAAGGAUAGUUACUCUGACUCCUUUCUUUACCAUUGCCAAUAAGUCUUCAAUGGAAUUAGAAGUUGGAGAAAUUGCAGUUGAUGGCUCAUUACCAACAAAUAAAUGGACCUAUAUUGCCACUUCUGAGUGUCUUCCAUUUUGGCCUGAAAAUUUGACAGGCAAACUCUGUGUGCGAGUGGUGGGCUGUGAAGGAUCCUCCAAGCCAUUCUUUUAUAAUCAACAAGAUAAUGGCACUUUAUUGAGCUUAGAAGAACUGAAUGGAGGUAUCUUGGUAGAUGUAAACAUUGCUGAACAUUCAACUGUAAUAAACUUCUCUGAUUACCAUGAAGGAUCUGCCCCUGCCCUAAUCAUUAACCAUACACCAUGGGAUAUUCUUCAGUAUAAACAGAGUGGAUUAAAGGAAGAAGUGGUCUUAUUACCAAAACAAGUACGGCUCUUUGCUUGGGCAGAUCCUACUGGUACCAAAAAACUAACAUGGAAAUAUGCAGAAAAUGUGGGAGAACAUGACCUAUUGAAGGAUGAAUGUGGACAAUUUCCAUAUGAUGCAAAUAUCCAAAUACACUGGGUAUCAUUCCUGGAUGGACGCCAAAGAGUACUGCUUUUUACUGAUGAUGUUGCAUUGGUUUCCAAAGCACGUCAAGCAGAAGAAAUGGAACAAGCUGAUCAAGAAAUAAAUGUGUCACUUCAUAGUCUUGGACUUUCACUGGUUAACAAUGAAAAUAAGCAAGAAAUCUCAUAUAUUGGAAUAACUAGUUCUGAUGUUGUUUGGGAAAUGAAACCAAAACGGAAAUGGAAACCUUUUAGUCAAAAGCAAAUAAUUAUUUUGGAACAGGCCUAUCAGAAAUAUCUUCAGUCAAAUGGGCAUGGCUGGAUUAAAUUAGACAGCAAUCUUGAGGUAAAUUUUAGUAAAUCCCCAAUGGAAAUGCGAGUCCCAAUUAGGUGUUCUAUUAAACGAGAUUUCUUACCAGCUAUCCAUAUUGAACUUAAGCAGUCUCCUCACCAAAGAAGUUUACGGGCCCAGUUGUACUGGCUUCAGGUUGAUAACCAAUUACCAGGUUCUAUGUUCCCAGUUGCAUUUCAUCCUGUAGCUCCUCCAAAAUCCAUUGCUUUGGAUUCAGAACCCAGGCCCUUUAUUGACAUUAGUAUCAUCACAAGAUUUAAUGAUUAUAGUAAAGUGCUGCAAUUCAAGUAUUUUAUGGUUCUUAUCCAAGAAAUGGCCUUGAAAAUCGAUCAAGGAUUCUUAGGUGCAAUUCUUGCACUCUUAACACCAGCCACUGACCCUGAAGCUGAAAGGAAAAGGACCAAAUUAAUUCAGCAAGAUAUUGAUGCUCUAAACACUGAAUUAAUGGAAACAUCAAUGACGGACAUAUCAAGUCUCAGUUUCUUUGAACAUUUCCAUAUUUCUCCUAUUAAGUUACAUUUAAGCCUUUCUUUGGGUUCUGGUGGUGAAGAAGAAAAACAGGAAAUGAUUGCAAUUCAUUCUGUCAACCUGCUAUUGAAAAGCAUAGGUGCCACACUGACUGAUGUAGAUGACCUCAUAUUCAAACUUGCAUACUAUGAGAUUCAGUACCAGUUCUACAAGAGAGAUCAGCUCAUGUGGAGUGUUGUUAGGCAUUACAGUGAACAGUUUUUGAAGCAGAUGUAUGUCCUUGUAUUGGGUUUAGAUGUACUUGGAAAUCCAUUUGGAUUAAUUAGAGGUCUCUCUGAAGGUGUUGAAGCACUCUUCUAUGAACCUUUCCAGGGAGCUGUUCAGGGCCCUGAAGAAUUUGCUGAGGGGUUAGUAAUUGGAGUAAGAAGUCUCUUUGGACACACUGUAGGAGGAGCAGCAGGGGUUGUAUCCCGAAUAACAGGUUCUGUUGGGAAGGGUUUGGCUGCAAUUACAAUGGACAAAGAAUAUCAACAAAAACGACGUGAAGAGAUGGGUCGCCAGCCUAAAGAUUUUGGAGACAGCCUGGCCAAAGGAGGAAAGGGCUUCCUGAGGGGAGUUGUAGGUGGUGUGACUGGCAUAAUUACCAAGCCUAUGGAAGGAGCCAAAAAGGAAGGAGCAGCUGGAUUCUUUAAAGGGAUCGGAAAAGGGCUUGUGGGUGCUGUGGCUCGUCCAACUGGUGGCAUCAUUGAUAUGGCUAGCAGUACCUUCCAAGGAAUUCAGAGGGCAGCAGAAUCAACUGAAGAGGUAUCUAGCCUCCGCCCUCCUCGCCUGAUACAUGAAGAUGGGAUCAUAAGACCAUAUGACAGAAGUGAAUCUGAAGGUCAUGAUUUAUUUGAGAAUCACAUAAAAAAGCUGGAUGGGGAAACCUAUCGGUACCACUGUGCCAUUCCUGGAUAUAAAAAGGCAAAUCUUGUGGUUACAAAUAGGCGAGUGUUGUAUGUAAAAGAAGUGGAGAUUUUGGGUCACAUGUCCACAGAAUGGCAAUACCCAUUUGAAGAUUUUGUGUUACCUCCAAAUGUUGAAAAUAAUCUUCUAAAAAUCUCGGUUAAGGAUCAUGGGUUAUUCCACAAAAAGGACAGUGUGGGUCAAGCUUGUCUACGAAAAAUUUAUCUUCAAGACGCGACAAUAGCAAUGAGAGCAUGUAAUGCCAUUCAUGAUGCACAGUCAACAAGACAUCAGCAAAAACUGGUGAAGCAGUCAUCAUUGAAAUUAGUCAGAAAGUAAA